AUGCAUCGGAUUUAUCGUAUAGAUCUGAAUGCUACUAAGGAUGACGAAGCCGAAAAAUGUUUUGAAAUAGUACUAAAAGGUGCUAAUUUAUGCAUUGAAAAAGGUUUAUUUACAUUGGACGAAAUGGAACCAUACCUAGAAUCAGAUAUUGAACGUUAUUCAAAACUACUCAAAAAAUGUCCAGAUUUAGCAAAAUGUAGCAUAUUAAUAGAACGUCAUAUUCAAGGCAUUAAUAGUAUUCGUUCAGCAAAUAAUCUCAAAGAUGUAUACAAUGCUACAAAAAAUAUCAAAAAUAAAGAAAUACUAUUUGACAACUUCGUAGAAUUCACAGAAUUAACUAAUUCAUCAGAAACAAAACAAAUAAUACCUGAUCAGAAAUCAAUGCUGAAGUGUUUUGAUGUGAUUGAUACACUAGAAAAACGUUUGUUCAAAGAACAAAUCAUUAAAUUGACUGUACCUAUACAUGUAUUAAACUAUUUCACUGAUUUAUCAUCAAAAUCAACUGAUAUUUAUGCAAAAUUAGAUGCAGAAAAAUUAUUACUAACAAAGGUACGUUUACAAAUGAAACAAUUUAACAAAUCACGUCAUGAUAAACCUAUAACAUUGAAUGAUAUGACAUGGAUUGAUUAUUUAGUUGUGUUUGUUGAUCAAAUCAUAAAAUUACUGAAAAAAUGUAUUGCUAAUUUAUUUGGGGAAACAAAUUUUAAUAAAGAAUUACAAUUGAGUAAUGAAAAUGAAGCAGAAAGUCACUAUAAUCUAUUGAUGUACUCAACUGAAGAAUUAAGCGUUCACUUACAUCAUCAUAGAUAUAUUACAGAGAAUAUUGACCAAAUUGAUUCAAAUAAGAAUGAAAAAUAUCCUAGUUGGAAUGAUAAAAUAAUGCUUGAAACACGUAGUCGAGAAACAAAUAUUAUUAAAAACUAUUUAACUGGCAAUUCAAAGCUUCCAGGAUUAAUUUAUGGACCAGCAGGUUGUGGGAAAUCCAGUUUACUUCGAUGGACAGUGUAUUAUUUUGAGCAUAUUCAUUCUAAAUCUGAGACAGAUAUUCAAUUAACAUCUAAUUCAACUCAACUAACAAAUACAUUAUCUACAUCACAAACUAAAAUUGAACCAAUAAUUAUUGUAUGCUGUGUUAGUCGUACAUGUUUAUCAACAUCAUUACAAUCAGUUCUAGUACAAAUUAUUGAACAAUUAGCAAUGAAAUUUUCAUUACAACAUCAACAUAUUAAAUCUUUAUGUGAAUAUGCAGAAGCUGUUCGCCUAUUAAAUACAAUGUUCAAUUAUGCGAAUUCAUUAAAACCAAUUCUUAUAAUUAUUGAUAACAUUGAAUAUCUUUAUCCAGAUGAACAUGUACAAAUGUUUCAUUGGUUAUCAUAUGAAUUACCAAAUCCGUAUGUUCGUUUAUUAAUGACAACAAGUUCAGAAAAAAUUGUUAAAGGUUUUAAUAAACGUUUUGGUGAAGGUUGUUGUAUCAGUUUAUCAGCUUGUUAUCAAACUCAAUAUGUUAUGAAUGAAAUUUUACCAAAAUUAAUAAAAUCUAAUUUGAAAGCAUUGGAUGAAGAACAAAUUAGUAAGAAUUUUGCAUUGACUUCAACUGAUCAAGAUUUGAUUAAUUUAGCUUUACAAAAAAAUAUCACACCAAAUUAUAUUCAAUUAUUAGCUGAUAUAUUCACUGUUAAAUUAACAACUGAUAAAGCGAAUUUUAUGUCAAUUGAUAAUUUACCAACUGAUUUAUCUAGUUUAUUUGUGAUACGUUUACAACAAAUUCAUUCUAUGUUAAAACAAAAAGGUUUAUUUAGUGUAGCAUUGUUACGUUUUAUGCCAUAUAUUGCAUGUUCACGUUUUGGUUUAACAUUUCUUGAAUUAAUUGAAAUAUUACAAAAUGAUUCAGAUGUUUUACAAGCAAGAAUACAAUUAAAUCAAAUACAUUCAAUUAAACAUUUUCCAAUUGGUUGUUUACAACAUCUUAUCUAUUCACCAAUUUAUGAUCUCAAGAAAUAUUUAAUGUUUACUAAAACAGAUAAUCGUUUAUUGAUCACGUUUACUUCAGAAUCCUUUCGUAAAGGUGUAUUGAAAUUUUGGGGUUUCAAUAUGAAUGAUUCAAAUUAUGCAUUGAAAGAAGAAGAAAUCGAUGAUUUCUCAACUAAUGAGAAUAAUGUUGAUUUUGAUAAAAAUCAAAUGGAUACUAUUCCAAAAGAAUUCACUUUUCAUCGAUAUUUAUCAGAUUAUUGGUUAGGUAUUAAUCGAGGACAAGAUGAUGGUGGUGGUGAACAACAACCAAAAUCAACUGGACAUUCAUAUGAACUGAAAACAAACAGUAGUGCUGUAGAACAGAAUGAAGAUUUAUUCAAUACUGUGUAUUAUUGGUUAGCUAUGGAGAAAUCGAUUAAAUCGAAUUCUGGUAUUGUUACUGGAACUUAUGAUAAGCGUUACAUUUGUAAUGCACGUCGUCUUACAGAACUACCCUAUCAAUUGUUACAAUUAGGUUCAGAUAGUGUACAAGAACUUUUGAAACAUGUUAUAUUUUCAUUUGAUUUUCUAUUAGGUAAACUACUUUUAGGUUUAAGACCAAAUGAUGUUAUCACAGAAUUGUAUUAUUUAAGACAAUUGAAUCAACUGAGAACAAAUGAUGAAAUUAUGUACUUAUUAAAUCUGUUACGAAGUUUAUCAACCAAACUAUCCAUUGUGCCAACAUUGUUAAAUGUUGAAUUAGCUGGACGUAUUGGACAUUUAAUCGGUACUGAAUAUGUGAAUUUAGGUCGGCAAUUAUUGAACAGUAUUGAUUGUGAUUCAAAUAAAGUCAAUUGUCUACUACCAUUAUUAUCUAUAUGUUAUAAUCCACCAUUACAACCUGAACUAUUAAAUGUGAAAUAUAAGAAUAAUGAAACAAGAUUUUUUUCAUCAACUAAUCAAAUACAACAAUUACAACAACCACAACAACAAGAAAUGAAAGAAAUCAUUACAAUAUCAUCUGAUUUACGAUUUUUAUUUACUUUAACAUUGAAUCCAAUCAAUAAUUUCGAUCAUGAUGAAUCUAAUGUAAAUAGUAAUGAAGUGAUCAUCAAUAUGUGGGAAGUGAAUUCACUGACUAAAUCAUGUUCAUUAAGUCUUGGUGUAUGGUCGAAUUACGCAUUUCAUCAAGCUCAUAUGCCGAUACAUCAAAAUCAAUUAGUUCUUUUAACCUAUUCCACAAAUGCGGUAUUAGAUAAUAAAAAAUUUGGCAUUUUAACUGUUAACUUAGAAUUAGGUUGUGUUGAAGGUAAUUUAUCUGUUAACUUGCCUAGUCAAUUGAAAAUCUUAUGUAUCACACGAUCUAGUGUAUUGAUAACACAAUGUGAACCAAAAGGUAACAAUGGAAAGUAUACAGUCAGUCAAGAUUAUGCAACAGUCUAUUCUAUACCAAAUUUAAAACCAAUCACUGGUGUACUGUCUAAAGUCCCGUUGCCAUUUUAUUUAUCUCCAACGGAUCGAAUUUAUUUUGGACCUUCAAGAUGGCCAAUUCAAGUGAAAACUAGUAUAGAAAAGAAAAGAAAAUCACAACAUAGUACAAAUGAAUUAAAAGAUAUCAAUAGUAAUUCUGUACAAAUUAGAUUAAAGAAUGCUUUGAAUGAUGUUGCAGCUUGGAUAAAGUGUCCUCUAGCACCUGCUACAUUUCAAGCAAAUAUAAGAGGAGAGAAUUUACUUAUUGGAUGUAAAAGUUUAGGUCAGAUUUAUCGAUUUGAUUUAACGUUGGUGAGUAGAUGUGAUUACUAA